CUGUCCGGCUGCAGUGCCUCUAGAGAUACACACUCAAACAGACACAGGCACCCACACGGACACACUAAGUUGUGGGGAAAGAGGAGAAGAGAGACGGGAGGGGAGUUUGAUGUCAGAAUGAGUCCAUAUAAUGGAAGUUACAGCGCUGGAUGGCACAGAUAGAUAAGACAUAUAGGUGAAUAUAGCGCGUGGUUGGAUGUCAGCUGUGUGUGGAGAGACAGAAGAAAGAAGAACCGGAGCAGAAACAUGAGUCGGCAGCAGCAACAGCAGCAGUCACAGGGAGUGGUUUUAACGGGUUACCACAGCAACGCAGAACUGUUGCCGAAAACUGGACCGUGUGCCUCGAGCUCUGCUCAGGAGCACGAGCCCAACCUGCACAGCCGCAGAACAGGCCACUAUGCAGUUCAGCAGAACCCAAGCACACAUCACGGGGACAGAUAUGGACCUUCCACGACACCCAGAUGCACAAAAUCCACCAGUACUGACCCAUUAUCACAACCAAUCCCGAGUGCAGCUGCUUGCCCCAAGUCUCAGCCAUCCUCCAGCCCGAAACCAGGCUCCAGCCCCAGACACAGUCCAGUUUCCAGGUCCAAAGCACGGCCUCCAUGUCAGCGCUGCAACUCUCAGGACUCUCUAGACGAGCUGGAGAUGGACGACUACUGGACGGAAGUGGAGCAUAUCACUCGCUCUGGUGGCGAAACAGGGAGGGUAGAAGGUGGAGGAGAAGGAGACGUGCCUGAGGAAGAGCAGCCGAAAAUUCCUGAAGAGGGCGAACAGGAGGAGGCGUGGCUAACAGAGGCAGGCCUAGCUCGACUGUUCGAUGAUUCACUGGCAGCUGACCACGACCAGGAAGAAGACAGUGCAGUGUUCCUGUCCACCCUCACCAGAACUCAGGCAGCGGCUGUAGAAAGACGUGUGGCAUCACUACAACAGACGCUACGAAGACGCAAUCGGCAACACGUCCCUGAUGUCAGAGACAUAUUCAGACCGCCUGAAAAGCAGGAUGAAGAGCCCACUAAAGUGAAAAGGGGAAGUGUGAAUGGUCCAAAAGAUGUCACUUCAGCGGAAACAGAAACUGAACUCAACGUUGAAGUGGCUUUUUCAGAGCAGGCGCUCACUUACAGGGACAACCACCAAAGGUUAAAGGUCAACACAGGCCCUAGCUCACCUGAUGACAAACUACCGAACUUUAAGCUGCUCCGGGAUAAAACAGGUCAGACCAGAAUAGGAGAUUUGUCUCCUCUGGAUAUGAAAAAGGUGCGUAGAUUGGUGCUAGUAGAGAUGACGGCUCUGUUUGACACAGCUGGGAUCGACCUCAAGGCUCACAAAGCUGUCAAAGUCAAGACUAAAGAAAGUGGUCUAUUUGGUGUUCCCCUUGCCACUUUAUUGGAUCAGGACCAGAAGCGGGCUCCUGGAACCAAAGUGCCAUUCGUACUGCAGAGGCUCAUGAAUCAUAUUGAGGAGGAGGGAUUAGACACAGAGGGGCUGCUGCGGAUUCCCGGAGCUGCAACUAGAGUUAAGUCGCUGUGCCAGGAGCUCGAGACCUCUUUCUAUGAUGGGGUGUUCCCAUGGCAACAGUUGAAGCAGCACGAUGCUGCAAGCCUUUUGAAGAUGUUCAUCAGGGAGUUACCCCAUCCAUUACUCACUGUGGAGUACCUCAACGCAUUUCUGGCUGUCAACAACCUCCCCACAAAGAAGCAACAGCUGCAGGCUUUGAACCUGCUGGUCCUUUUGUUGCCUGAGGCCAACCGGGACACUUUAAAGGCUCUUGUGGAGUUUUUUCAGCUUGUGAUUGACCACCAGGCCAAGAAUAAGAUGACUCUCAACAAUGUCUCUGUUGUCAUGGCACCAAACAUCUUCAUGUUCAAAGGUUUCCGCUCCAAAGUUACAGAACAGCAGGAGUUUUCUAUGGCAACCAGCACUGCCAACAUCGUCCGCUUGUUGAUAAGAUACCAGAAUCUCCUAUGGACGAUCCCCAAGUUCAUAGUGACCCAGGUUAGAAAUCAAAACAUGGAAAGUCAGAGGAAACAGAACAAAGAGCGAGCUGUAAGAAAGCUUCUGAAGAAGAUGACCACAGAGAAAACAUCUGAGAAAACAAUCCCAGAGGAGAGUUCACAGGGAUUCAUCCGAGUCCAAGCUCCACAGUUCAGUAAGGUGUCCAUGGCAGUUCAGCUGACUGAAGAGUUACAGGCUGCUGAUGUUUUAACACGCUUCCUCAGCCAGGACAGCUCAGUGGCAGUGAAAAAAGAAGAUCUGUGUCUCUAUGAGAUUGGUGGAAACAUCAAGGAGAGAUGUCUAGAUGGGGAAACGUACAUGAAGGACCUCUUCCAGCUGAACCCUGCAGCAGAGUGGGUCAUCAAAUCUGUACAGAAAUGAUCAAAUUACCCAACAUUAUGCCCCGCUGGAUGCUGGAUGGCUUUGAAGUUUACCACUGUGUCCCACUGAGGAGAGACGUCAUCUGGCUCUUUGUGGUUUCUGCUAGAUCAGGACGUACUUAAACCUUUCAUUUGUAGCAGGUGGUUCCAUUGUUCAACACGAUUCUGGCCUUGAAAAUUAACAAAAACUGAAAGUCCAGGAAACAGGAAAAUGAUGUGCUUUGACCAAUCUUGUCAUUUAUUUUCCUCCAUGCCUUGUGCUACAAGUUGAAAUAUUGGGCCCAGGUUACUACUAGCUGGACGUUUCAGAUAUUCAGGGGAAACAAACUCUUUACUUUUUGAUCUCUGGCCAUAUCUGGAGUCCUCUGAGACUACUGUUGAAAUGUCAACAAUUUCUAUAAGUUUGAGGCAAGACUUGAGCCACAAUAUUGUGAGGACACUUUGUGAUACUGAAAGUGUUGCAGUUGUAAACUGAUUUAUUGCCACUAAUCAUGUUGUUGUGUGUGCAGUAAAUGAUCAAAUAAGAUAGAACAACACAUAUUAAAAUUCUACUUAUUCUAUGAUUGAUUAUACAACUAAAAUGCCUUUAAGUUCUCAUUUUGAGAAUUUUGGCCUCUUUUUAUUUAUAUUUUUAUUAAACUUCAUAUAAAUUAAGUAAAACCGCAAUUUAAAAAGAUAUGACACUGUGUUAAAUGUAGAUAAACACAUAUUUUAAUUGUUUGCCAAUUAUUUAAACCCUCUAUUUAAUUUAACAGUGCAAAGUUAACAUAUCAGACACUGAAACAAAGAAAUGUUAUGUGAAAAGCCUGCGCUCAUUUUAAAUUCGAAACAAGUAGCAUGCUCAAAAAAGUUGGAGCGGGCAAAACAAAAUACCUAAAAAAUUGUGUAAUGCUAAAAAAAGGAAACACACGGAGGAACAUCUCAAACUAAUCAGGUUAAUUUGCAGGUAAGUAACAGCUGGAUAUUCCAGAAAGGGUAAGUCUCUCAAAGUAAAGAUCGUAAAAGAGAUUUACCACCUUGUCACAGAUUGUCCAUCAGGCUGCACUGUAUAAAACAGACAUGACUCUGUAGUGGAAAUCACUGCAUAAGCUCAAAAUCACUUCCAAAAAUCAUUGUCUGUGAACCCAGUUUGUUGCUUGCAUUAACAAAUACAGGUUAAAACUGUACCAUGCAAAGAGGGAGCCAUAUAUAAAUCUGUUCCUGAAAUGACGGUGACUUCUCUGGGUCUGAUCCCAUUCAAGACUGACUUAGGCAAAGUGGAAAACUUUCCUUUGUCUGAAUAAUUCAAAUUUGAUAUUCUUUUUGGAAAUCAUCGACGCCAGGUCCUAGCUCCAAAGAAUAACGGGACCACCUGGCUUGAUAUUGACACACAGCUCAAAAGCCAGCAUCUGUGAUGGUAUGAUCCUUAUAUCAUCAUGCAUGCUGGCUUUUGAAUUGUACACACAAGUUUCCAUGACAUAGCAUAUUUCAGCAAGACAAUGCCAGACUACAUUUUCCUUGUGCAACAACAGCAUGGCUCAGUAGUAGAAGAGUCAUGGUGCUAAACUGGCCUUCCUGCAGUCUUGACUUUUACCCUUUGAAAACAUUUUACUUAUCAUGGAAUGAAAAAUAAACAAAGGACACCCCAAACUGUGGAGCAGCUGAAACUGUAGAUCAGGCAAGAAGGGGACAGUAUUUCACUCUCAAAACUCCAGAAAGUGGUCUCUUUGGUUUCAUUUGAUAUAUUGUCUUUGCACUAGUUUUAAUUAAGUAAAGGGUUUCAAUGAUUUUUUAACAGUAAAAUUCUGUCUUAAUCAACAUUUCACACAGCGUCCCAACUUUUUUCGGAUUUGGAUGUUGUAUAUGGUUUGAUUAUUAUAUGUCAGCGUACUGAAGCACUUCACUGUAACCAGAAAGGGAAUGACCAUUAGAGUUAACUGGUGUAACGUGGAAAGCUUAAUGUGGACUUCCAAUAGAGGAGGUGUGAUGAAGCACUGCUGUAACAUGGGAUCGUGUGUAAGGGAGGAGCCCAAAAAGAGCACACCUCAACAGUGAUCCCAAAACUAUUCCUAAUAAUGUGGUCACUGACAACUUACCAGGCAUGAAUGAUGACAUCACUGUUUAAUGGUACAAUAAUGAUACUGUACAUUCUUACUUUAUUAACCAUUGAUGUUUGAGUGUUUUUAUGCGUAAAUUCACCCAUAAAAACAUGUUGCUCGCCAGUGUACUGAUGUGAAUGCAGCUUUUGUGGAAGAUACAAAAUCAAUUGCCUUACAAAUUGUGUACCAAAGACUCGCUUUAAAAAACUGUUCAACUCUAAAUUUACAAUUUAAGAAACUAAAACAGCUGCCUUCUUCAAUGAUACAUUAAAGGGUUGCAAAGGUAUCCGGACACCUUUGGCUUUCCUUGUUUUAAUUUAUUUUAUCUGCACUAUUCACAGUCUGACUAUGACAACUUUUUUGACUCCACUGGCAAAAGUUGUGUUAGUUCAGAAAAAGAAAACCCCUAUCAUGUUUUGCACGUCUGUACUUUACUUGGCUUGUAACAAAAGCCUUAUCUGAUUAUGUGUGAUUUCUCACAGUUUCGGCAGCCUGUGGGGAAUACUUUCACCACAAAGUUAAACACUGCAGAUGUUUGACUCACAGAAAGCUCUUAAACUACAAAUAACAUGUCACUCCCUGCCUUGUAUUAACAUGUUUUUACUGUGAAUCUUUUUGUUUUUCUUGUUAAUGCCCCAGAAAUGACCACUAAACAGCCUGUAAAUAAACAGUUAUUGAUUACCAAA